AUGACUAAUUGGAGAAAAGGAAUGGAAGUAUUUAAUACGCAUGUUGGUGGUGUAGUUAGUGCUCACAAUGAUGCGAGAACACAACUUGAGGCUUUUAAAAAUCAACGACAAAGUGUGUCACAUUUGCUACAAGCACAUGGGCGUGAAAUGGAGGUUGCAUAUCGCACUCGAUUAACGACAACUUUAGAUGUUACACGCUUUCUUUUGAAACAAGGUUUGUCUUUCCGUGGACAUGACGAGUCAUUGAAUUCCUCAAAUAAAGAUAACUUUCUUGAAUUGAUUGAGUGGUAUACCCAAAGAAAUGAUGAGGUUGCCGAGACCAUGAAUGAAAAUGCCCCUGGAAACAAUCAAAUGAAGUCUCCAACAAUUCAAAAGGAUUUAACACGGGCUUGUGCUGCUGAAGUCACAAAUGUCAUUCUUAAUGAUAUAAAAGAUAAUACAUUUUCUCUUAUGGUUGAUGAGUGUCGAGAUAUUUCAGUCAAAGAACAAAUGAGAGUUGUUUUAAGAUACGUGAACAAAUAUGAACGUGUUAUUGAAGGAUUUCUUACUAUUGUACAUGUGUCUGACACUUCUGCUAUUUCUUUAAAGAAGGCUAUUGAUGAAUUGUUUGCAAAACAUAAGUUGUCAUUAUCAAGAUUGAGAGGUCAAGGAUACGAUGGAGCUUCAAAUAUGCGAGGUGAGUAUAAUGGAUUGAAGGCUCUUAUAUUGAAGGAAAAUUCAUCUGUAAGGUAUGCUCAUUGUUUUGCUCACCAACUUCAACUAGUUGUUGUUGCAGUUGCUAAAAGCAAUCGAAUUGUGAGUGAUUUCUUCCAAUAUGUUACUAUGAUUGUGAAUACUACUCAUGCUUCAUGCAAAAGAAAAGAUAAGUUUAGACAACUUGAACAUGAUAGACUUGUAGAAUGUUUGGAGAAAGGAGAUAUUGUUAGUGGCAAAGGAAAGAAUCAGGAAAUCAGUUUAAAACGACCAGGGGAUACUCGUUGGGGUUCACAUUACAUGACUAUUAUCCGUUUGAUGUCUACGUGGACUUUUGUUUUACAAGUGCUUGAAAAUGUGUAUGAUGAUGGUACUAAUGAUGAUAAUAGUGGUAUCGCCACCAGUUUAAUUGAUAAGAUGGAGAGUUAUUAA